AUGUCGAUUCCGGGUCUGGGCCAGCUGGCAGCGCCGCAGCCGGCCAACGCAUCCCAAACCCGCACAAUCAGACUCCAGCCCUUUUGGGAAUGGCGCUUCGAAGUCUCCUUCGGCACCGACCUCACCUUCAAACUCCUCUCCGGCACCGCAGAGAAGGACGGCACCGAGCUGGCCCUGCACCAUCUCUACACCUUCUCCGGCACGAAAUCCAAGAUCCUCACGCUGCAAGGAUGCGAGUUCGAGAUCGAGGGCAGCAGCCCCGCCGCCGAGUUCCUCGCCGAGUAUCACCAGCCGCAAGACAACCCCGCGAACGCGUACCUGAACCUGCACUUCCAGCUCACCGCCAUGCGCCAGCGCGCCGCCGCCGAGCGCCGCGAGGGCCCCCGCAUCGCCGUCUGCGGCGCCCCGACGGCGGGCAAGACGACGUUGUGCAGGACGCUGGCGAGCUACGCGACGAGGGUCGGCGCGCAGCCGAUCGUGGUGAACACGGACCCCAAGGAGGGCAUGCUGAGCCUGCCGGGGACGCUGAGCGCCGCCGUUGUGGGGAGCGUGCUGGACGUCGAGGCUGUUGAUGGGUGGGGGACCACGCCGACGAGCGGGCCGAGUCAGGUGCCGGUCAAGCUGCCGCUGGUCUACUACUACGGACACGCGAGGGCGGAGGAGGAUCCGAGGAAAUAUAAGCAGCUCGUCAGCAAGAUGGCGGCUACUGUUACCUCGCGUUUCGCGCAGGAUCCCGAGGCUAAGAGCGCGGGGAUGAUUAUCGAUACGUUUGGGAUCAGUGAGAAGAGCACCUCUGGCUUGGAUUUGUUUGCUCAUGUUGUGGAGGAGUUGUCAGCGAACAUCAUCCUUGUGUUGGGAUCGGCUUCGUUGAAUGCAGAAGUCCAAAAGAGAUUUGCAUCCGAGAAGACGAGUCUGGGCGAACCGUACAGCAUUGUGCUCCUGGACAAGUCCGAAGGUGUAGCCGAGAGAGAUGAGGGUUUCAUGCAGCAAGUCUGCGAGGCAUCGAUCAAGGAGUACUUUUUCGGCACAGUCGGUCGGACAUUGAGUCCUGCGACGCAGCAAGUCGACUUUGAUAGCCUGACGAUAUACCGCCUAGGCGACAACUCUACGUACGGUGGUGCGGACGACGGCCUCACGCGGGUGGACUCGUCCCAGCUAAUGGCGCAUUGGACGCUGCCCGUCGUGUACGCCUCAGUUAGGGACAGCCCCGAGACGAUUCGGACGUCGAACAUCAUGGGCUACGUCUACGUCGCCGACAUUGACAAGGAGAAGCGCAAGUUGAGGAUUCUGGCGCCGGUGGGCGGACGCCUGGGAGACCGGCCGUUACUGAUGGGCAAGUGGCCUGAGCCGUACAUUAACUUGUUAGGAUGA